AUGCAGAUCUUCGUCAAGACCCUCACCGGCAAGACCAUCACCCUCGAGGUCGAGUCGAGCGAUACCAUCGACAAUGUUAAGACCAAGAUCCAGGAUAAGGAGGGCAUCCCUCCCGACCAGCAACGUCUGAUCUUCGCUGGAAAGCAGCUGGAGGAUGGCCGCACCCUUAGUGACUACAACAUCCAGAAGGAGUCUACUCUCCACCUCGUUCUCCGCCUGCGUGGUGGUAUGCAGAUUUUCGUCAAGACCCUGACCGGAAAGACCAUCACCCUUGAGGUGGAGUCUUCUGACACUAUCGACAAUGUGAAGACUAAGAUUCAGGACAAGGAGGGUAUCCCUCCCGACCAGCAGCGUCUCAUCUUCGCGGGAAAGCAGCUGGAGGAUGGCCGUACCCUGUCUGACUACAACAUCCAAAAGGAAUCCACUCUUCACCUCGUCCUUCGUCUGCGUGGUGGUAUGCAGAUCUUCGUCAAAACUCUUACGGGCAAGACGAUCACAUUGGAAGUUGAAUCUUCCGACACCAUCGAUAACGUUAAGACCAAGAUUCAAGACAAGGAAGGCAUUCCCCCGGACCAGCAGCGUUUGAUCUUUGCUGGUAAGCAGUUGGAGGAUGGCCGUACCUUGUCCGACUACAACAUUCAGAAGGAAUCGACCCUUCACCUUGUCCUUCGUCUCCGUGGUGGUAUGCAGAUCUUCGUGAAGACUCUCACCGGCAAGACGAUUACGCUGGAGGUGGAGAGCUCGGAUACCAUUGAUAACGUCAAGAACAAGAUUCAAGAUAAGGAGGGCAUUCCCCCGGAUCAGCAGCGUCUCAUCUUCGCUGGUAAGCAGCUGGAAGAUGGACGUACGCUCUCCGACUACAACAUCCAGAAGGAGAGCACUCUGCACCUGGUGCUCCGUCUCCGUGGCGGAAACUAA